AUGGCGGCGCAUGGAUCAACGCUCAGGGCCCUGAGCAUUCCUGUGGGUCACGGGAAGCCAGCAGUGCCUCUGAAGAGCCAUCGAAAGUGCCUCGCCGUCAGCGACGCCCUACGUUUGAAGGCGGCCCGCCAAAAUGCCCCGCUCUCCUUCGGCUCUGUGUCGCACUUGCAAACCAGGCAGCCCUUGCAGAACUGCCGACCAUGCAUGUUUGAACAGCGGCCGGGGCGAUGCAGAAAGUCCUUCCUGUGCGACUUCUGCCACCUCGCCCAUCCCAAUCGCCAGAAGGUCAAGCCAUCUCCGGCCAGAGGCAUCUGGAGCCUGUGA